AUACUCACUGCACUGCUCACUAUCAAGUAACUAUAUGCUCAGGCAGAUCCCUACAGUCUCAGUUCAAACGAUGUUGAUAUUUCUUUGUUUUCUUCUAGUAUUUACUUCCUUCCUCCUUUUGCUUUUACUUAGCAGGAACAAUAAAGAUGGCGCAAGUUCAAGAAAAGGUCUUCUUCCACCAGGCCCUCCAAGGUUUCCUGUAAUCGGAAACUUGCAUCAGCUUGGUAAAUUUUCCCUUCAUAGAGCCCUCCAUGAACUCUCUAGGAGGUAUGGUCCUCUCAUGUCUCUGCAACUUGGUUGCGUGUCUACAGUGGUGGUUUCUUCGGCAAGAAUGGCUAGGGAGGUCUUGAAAACUCAUGAUCUUCAGUUUGCUGAUAGGCCUUUCUUGGUUAGCGUGCAAAAGUUAACUUACAAUGGAUUGGAUUUGACAUUUUCACCCUAUGGUGAAUAUUGGAGGGAGUUAAGGAAGAUAUGCAUCAUUGGGUUCUUCAGCAUCAAGAGAGUUCAAUCCUUUCAGUCCAUAAGAGAGGAUGAAGUUUCCAUAUUGAUCAAGUCGAUUUCCCAACUGGCUGAUUCUUCUAAGCUGGUCAAUCUUAGCAAAAUGAUGUUUUCUACCACAAGCAACAUAAUUUGUGGAAUUGCUUUUGGCAAGAAUUUUCAUGAGGAAGGGUGCGAAAGAAGUACUUUUUACGGGCUUCUUGAUGAAUAUCAAGUCUCCAUGGGUAGCUUUGCCUUUGCUAACUACUUUCCAUCUCUGGGGUGGAUUUUGGAUACUCUCACUGGAUUCAAUUCUAGGCUUGAAAGAAUCUUUCAAGGCUUUGAUUCUUUCUUCAGGCAAGUUAUCGAGGAGCACCUGGAUCCCAAGAGGUUGAAGCAUGACAGAGGGGACAUCACCGACCUCUUGCUUCAAAUGCAUAAAGAUCAUACAAGUGAAAUUGAUCUUACACUGGAUCACAUUAAGGCAGUGAUGACGGAUAUUCUGCUUGCUGGAACGGAUACAACUACUGCAACCUUGGUCUGGGCAAUGACAUUUCUAGCCAAACAUCCAAGAGUGAUGGAGAAAGCACAGGAAGAAGUUAGGAAUCUUAUAAGAAACAAGCAAAAUAUAAGUGAAUACGAUCUUCACCAACUCCAUUAUCUGAAGUGUGUAGUGAAAGAGACAUUGAGAUUGCAACCUGCAGCCCCGUUAUUGGUUCCACGAGAAUCUAGAAAACAAUGUAACUUGGACGGAUACAAAAUUCAUCCAAAAACUCAGAUCCUAGUCAAUGCGUGGACUAUUGGAAGAGAUCCUGAAUUUUGGGAGAACCCAGAAGAGUUCAGACCAGAAAGGUUCAUCAAUAGCUCCAUUGAUUUUAAAGGACAAUGUUUUGAGUAUAUACCAUUUGGGUCUGGUAGAAGGAUUUGCCCAGGGAUAAAUUUUGGAAUGGUAAUUGUGGAGCUUGUGCUUGCAAAUCUUUUGUACUCAUUUGAUUGGGAACUUCCUCCUGGGAUUAAGACGGCAGACAUUGACAUGGAGGAGUUAUCCGGUCUUACGGUGCACAAGAAAAAUGCGCUUUGCCUUUUGGCAAGUAACUAUACAGAGCAUUGCACCAGUUUGUUGUGAUUGUUGUUGUUGUUAUUGUUACAUACUGAAAACAGUCGUCGUUUUGUUGUUCUUUGUUGUUGUAAUUGUCUUUCUUUUUAAGUUGUUAGCUUGUAAAAAGAAAGAAUAGUAAAUCUUGAGUUUGUUUCAAUGUAAAAGGUUUCAAAAGCUUCUAAGUCAUUUUAGGAAGAUCUUUGUGACAGCCUAAAUGACCAAAGGACAUACUGACCUUUUGGUAUCUUGUCUUUAAAGAUGAAAACUAUUUGGGAAGCA